CCACCAUGUCUUACAAUCUCACUACUAACGCUUGCUCGCGCCUCACCCUGUCUGAUAUGGAAGAUGAUAUCUUCCAGAGCAAAGUCACUCUUCAGGUCCUGUCUACCAAGAAAGUACCCCAAGCCAAACACGCUCAGGACCGGUAUCGUAUCAUCUUGUCAGAUGGCGUGCACUACAUUCAGGCCAUGCUGGCUACCCAGCUCAACUCGCUGGUGGAUGAAGAGACGGUGGUGAAGAACACCGUGAUCUUGGUCGAAAAAAUGACCUGCAGUAUCGUACAGGAGCGAAGGUUGAUUGUGGUGCUCGAAGUUCAAGUCCUUGGCACUCCUGCAGAAAAAAUUGGCAACCCUGUCUCCCUCAACAAAGCUGAUGACACCCCUGCCCCGGCGCAAGGGGCCCCCAACGCGUCGACUGGACAGACUUCACGCCCACAGCAGCCUCAGCCUCAGCCUCAGCCUCAGCAGCCAGCUCAGCCUCAGCGGACCGGAUCAGGCUCGAAAUCGAAUUGGCACCCUAUUGAGGGCCUGAGUCCGUAUCAGAACACGUGGACCAUCAAAGCGCGUUGCACUCAGAAAUCGGACAUGAAGACAUGGUCCAAUCAGCGCGGUGAAGGAAAGCUUUUCAACGUCACGCUAAUGGAUGAAACGGGCGAGAUUCGCGGCACUGCUUUCAACACUGUGGCCGAUGAGCUCUACUCCAAAUUUGAGGAAGGCAAAGUCUACUACGUCUCCAAGGCCAGGGUCAAUUUGGCUAAGAAGAUGUUUUCGAAUUUGGCGAACGAUUAUGAACUCUCAUUUGAACGUGGCACCGUUAUUGAGGAGUGUCUUGAAACCACAGGUCUGCCGAUGGUGAAGUACAAUUUCGUACCCCUUUCCGGCCUCGAGGGAAUCGCGAAGGACGCUACCUGUGAUGUCAUCGCGAUUGUGAAAGAAGUUGGUCCCGUCAGUGAGAUCGUAUCAAAGGCCACUUCCAGGGCUACGAAGAAACGGGAGUUGACUCUUGUUGAUCAGUCGAACUAUUCAGUUCGCCUCACCUUGUGGGGCAAGCAAGCUGAACAGUAUCAAUAUGAAAAUGCACAACCUGUCAUUGCAUUCAAGGGCGUCAGGGUCGGCGAUUUUGGUGGACGCUCGCUUUCCAUGGUCAGUUCGUCCAUGAUGGCCGUCAACCCUGAUAUGGAGGAAGCAUUCUCUCUCCGUGGUUGGUAUGAUAAUGAAGGUCAAUCGUCUACGUUCCAGGCCCACAGCCGAGGUGGUGCUGCAGGCGCCAGCGGUGGUGGCUUCAACCGCUCCCAAAUGCGGAGCUUGUUGGAAGUCAAGGAGUCUGAAAUGGGCCAGUCGGAUAAAGCUGAAUACUUCUCAACGCGCGCGACCAUCAUGCACAUCAAGUCCGACAACAUUGCCUAUCCAGCGUGUCAAAAUGAGUCGUGUAACAAGAAGGUCGUCGAAAAUGGACAGCGCUGGCGAUGUGAGAAGUGUGAUCAAGACUUUGAAAGUCCUUCUUACAGAUACAUCAUUUCCAUGGCCGUGGCUGACUGGUCAGGUCAAGCAUGGCUCAACGGCUUCAAUGAAGUUGGCCAGAUGAUUUUUGACAUGUCUGCCGAUGAACUGAUGGCGAAGAAGAAUGAGGACGAUGCUCAAUUCAACGCUGUCAUGCAUCGAGCAAACGGUGCAACGUACAACUUCUCUUGUCGCGCCAAGCAAGAUUCGUAUAAUGACACUGUCAGGGUGAGGUACGGCAUCUCGCGGAUCAGCAAGCUGGAUUACAAGGAAGAAUGCAACGCCCUACUUGAUCUGUUGAAUACUCCUUGGGCAAGCCGGCCCGCCGCGUAACAUGCUUUUAAUUGUGUUGAUCUGUUCCUUUGCUUCGAAUCUGUCCCAUGUACUAUAGCUAGACUCCAUGAAUUUUUCAUUGUUUUAUUAUUGUGCGGCACUUGAGGGGAAUUGAUUCCAUCAGUCGAG